UCCUCCUCCUCCGACGACGACCACCACCACCGGAGAUUCUAGAUACGGAAGACCACAUCCGCUUUUUGAACAAAAUCAAUAUAGUCACACUCGCCGAUCUUGAUCAACGCAUAGAAUGGACUUCGAUGUUCCGACGGAUCUUAUCAAUCGAGCUCAGAUCGGGUUCCGAGAAGGUGUCGGACUAUCGUCGUUCGACCCGGAAGAAACAACCCUACCGUCAUUACCGACGCUUGAGGCGUGUAUAUCCACCUUAGACUCGUCUCCGUCGUAUCUGAGAUGCAAAUUUUGUAAAGGGAAGCUCCUGAGAGGUUUACAGUCACUGAUUUGCAUAUAUUGUGGUGAAAACCAGAAGAAGGACCUCCAUCCUGAUCCUAUCUCCUUCAAUUCCAGCAAUGGUUAUCGCUGGUUACUUCAAUCUCUGAACUUAAGCGGAUCGGGAAGAGUUGGGUCUUUGGCUGAAGGAAGUGGAAUACAUAGAGGGCAGAGUCCUGCAGAAGAUGAAGUAACUUUGUCUGAUCUCCUAGAUUUGCAGAUUUCAUGGCAGGAUAAGCCUAAGAAACCUGAGAAUAGUUUCGACAACAAGACUUCUGAACAUGGCAGUUCUCUGAAUGUUGGUACAGCCGACUUGGACAGCUUCUUUAUAGAGUCAAAGAGAGCUAUUGUCUCUGAUGCAUCCGAAGAACAACCAGUUACCAGCAAAAAUGAUCAAAAUAAGGCCUUUGGCGGUCAAGAAAAUCUUACUCUAUUCCAGAAUGUUUUGCCUCUUGAGACAUCCGUCAUUUCUUCCAUUGAUGUGAGUGGUGAUGCUUCAUCUGGCUGGAAUGCAGAAUUUCAAUCUGCAGAUACCAAAAUAGAGGAUGAAAAUUCCAAAUCAGUUGACCCUUUUGUAGGCGCUGAAGCUGAUCUAUCUGUCCACAUGGAUGCAGUUUUUGGACAGAUAAAAAGAUUAAAUAACACAAAACUGAAUGAUGAUUCAGUUACUGCUCCUUCUACAGGUAAAGACUGGAUUCCAGAUGACUUAUUUGCCAACAUGAGCUCUGCAACUUUUCCGCAAGCUGAGCAGUUGGAAUCAGUUGCUGAAGCAAAGGAUGGGUUAUCAGGUCAUCAAAAUGAUAUAUCUUCAGAAGGUAUUGAUGGAGACUGGUUUAAUGAUGGUAUCUGGCAGACGAGUAGUGCCAACAAUGCUGCUGUCGCUCAGCAGGCUGAUCUGUUAGACUUGGUUGCUAAACAUAAUGAGGGAUCUUCACAGGAUAAAUCAAAUGAUUCAUUUACCGAAGGUGUUUCUAUAGACUGGUUUGAAAAUACUAACUGGCUGAAAAGUACUGCCAACAACACUGCUACCGACAAAGAUGAAAAUUCAUUUGAUAUUAAACCGCAGGUUGAUGCAGUCUCUUCCCCAACAUUGGUUAAUGACUUGAUUCAAAAUGACCUGCUAUACAAUGCUAGCUCCCAGGUGUCUAGUCACACUGAAAAGUCAGAAUUUGAUAAUUCAAACAAACACUAUUCAGACACUACUGACUGGUUUCAAGAUAGUCAGUGGCCAUUUGGUGCUUCUAGUGCUACCACUAUGGCGGCCAGCAAAGAUGAUGACAAAUUUGAUGAAUGGAAUGAUUUCACAAGCUCAACUGGUAAUCAAGGUUCUUUCCCAGAUUCCUGGAAACAAAAUAGUAAUGAGAAUGUCAUAGCUAGCGAGAAGAUAUCAGAAUUAAAUUUGUUUACAUCUACAACGGAUCCAAAGGAAGUGGAUUUCGGCAACUUUUCACAGUCGGAUCUAUUUUCUGGUUCAUCUAGUAAUAAAAAUCCAAAUGAUACUCAAGAAGUGUAUAAUAUCUUCUCAGAAGUAUCUACAGCAAGCAGGAAGAAUAGUAAUGGAGAGGGAGGAAAGAAGGAAGAUGUAGAGAUGGUGUUGUCACAAAUGCAUGAUCUGUCUUUCAUGCUUAAGAGUGAGCUUUCAGUCCCUUCCAGACCACAAGGAUCAAGCUGAUGCAUCUCUGUACAUUUUAGUCAAGUUGCUCUGUAUUUUACCAUUCCUCUUGUUGUACUUUUGAGCUGUAAAUAGAUAGCUGAGAUCAUCCCUAUUACUUUCUUUUUGCUCCAUUUGCUUUUGUAUCCAUUUCCCAUUUCUUCAAUGCUCUUUGGAAUCAAAUUUAUUGCCU